AUGGCCAAGGUCCCGGAGCUGGACGACACCUUCCUGCAGGCGCAGGCGCAGCCUUCGUCCCAAGUUUCCCCCGAGGCCCAGGAGGAGUGCUGUGGGCCGCUCCUGGGCAAGGGCUUGCUCAUUUACCCCGAGGAAAGGGUGUACCUGGCGGCGGCGGCCGGCGGCGCGCUGGGCAGCGCGGAGAGAGGGGAAGACCCGGAGCUGCCGGCGGGAGUUAAAUCGGAAAUGCGUUUAAGCAAUGGUAACGUUUCCUCGGAAGGAGAGGAUGCAGACAGUCACGACAGCAAAACCAAAGCAGCCGAUCUACACCUCUCUCAGAAGAAAACCGUCACGCAGAUGAUGAAGGAUAAAAAGAAGCAGACUCAGCUCACCCUGCAGUGGCUUGAAGAGAAUUACAUUGUGUGUGAGGGAGUUUGCUUACCACGGUGCAUCCUUUAUGCGCACUAUUUAGAUUUCUGCAGGAAAGAGAAAUUGGAGCCAGCCUGUGCAGCCACCUUUGGAAAGACAAUUCGCCAGAAAUUCCCCCUCUUAACGACUCGGCGACUUGGAACAAGAGGCCAUUCAAAGUAUCAUUAUUAUGGGAUUGGCAUCAAAGAGAGCAGUGCAUAUUACCACUCCGUUUAUUCUGGAAAGGGCCUGACAAGGUUUUCUGGAAGCAAGCUGAAGAAUGAGGGUGGCUUCACUCGUAAAUACUCACUAAGUUCAAAAACUGGAACACUUCUUCCAGAAUUCCCCAGUGCUCAACACCUUGUGUACCAGGGAUGCAUUUCUAAAGACAAGGUUGAUACCCUCAUAAUGAUGUAUAAAACUCACUGCCAGUGCAUCCUGGACAAUGCAAUUAAUGGAAACUUUGAAGAGAUCCAGCAUUUCUUAUUACACUUUUGGCAAGGAAUGCCUGAUCAUCUUCUUCCCCUGCUUGAAAACCCUGUUAUCAUUGACAUUUUCUGUGUUUGUGACUCAAUUCUUUAUAAGGUUCUUACAGAUGUACUCAUUCCUGCAACAAUGCAAGAAAUGCCUGAAAGCUUAUUAGCAGAUAUAAGAAAUUUUGCUAAAAAUUGGGAACAGUGGGUUGUUUCCUCUUUGGAAAACUUGCCAGAAGCUCUAACUGACAAGAAGAUACCUAUCGUGCGAAGAUUUGUAUCUUCUCUCAAACGGCAAACAUCUUUCUUACACCUUGCUCAGAUUGCCAGACCAGCUCUCUUCGACCAGCAUGUUGUGAAUUCUAUGGUAUCUGAUAUUGAAAAGGUUGACUUGAAUAGUAUUGGAUCGCAGGCCCUUCUCACCAUUUCUGGCAGCACAGACACUGAAUCAGAUAUCUACACUGAACAUGAUUCUAUCACAGUGUUCCAAGAACUGAAAGAUCUUCUUAAGAAGAAUGCCACCGUGGAGGCUUUUAUUGAAUGGUUGGAUACCGUGGUAGAGCAGAGAGUUAUUAAGACCAGCAAACAAAAUGGAAGAUCAUUAAAGAAGAGGGCUCAAGACUUUCUGCUCAAGUGGAGUUUUUUUGGUGCUCGAGUAAUGCAUAACCUCACCUUGAACAAUGCAUCCAGUUUUGGUUCUUUCCAUUUGAUCCGAAUGCUUCUUGAUGAAUACAUUCUCCUUGCCAUGGAGACCCAGUUCAAUAAUGACAAAGAGCAGGAGUUACAGAAUUUAUUGGACAAGUAUAUGAAGAAUUCAGAUGCAAGUAAAGCUGCCUUCACUGCUUCUCCGAGUUCUUGCUUUCUGGCCAACCGUAAUAAAGGGAGCACUGUUCCCAGUGACACUGUGAAGAAUGAAAGCCAUGUGGAAACACCCUAUCUUCCUCUAUCAUCCAGUCAUCCUGGAGGCUUACCCUCUGCUCUACACCCAUUUCCUGCUGGGAAUACAGACACCAUGCCGCUCGCAGGUCAAAUGGACCUUUCCCAGAACACUGGUCAUCUGAUGACACCACCCAUUUCUCCAGCCAUGGCGAGCCGAGGAAGCGUCAUUAACCAGGGACCAAUGGCAGGAAGACCUCAAAGUGUGGGCCCAGUCCUGUCAGCUCCACCCCACUGCUCAACAUUCCCAGAGCCCAUUUAUCCAACUCAUCCUCAAACCAGCCAUGACUUUUAUGGGACCAACUCUAACUAUCAGACUGUGUUUAGGGCACAGCCUCACCCCCCAUCAGGAGUCUAUCCUCAUCGCCCAGAGCAUGGUCGAUGCAUGGCCUGGAGUGAACAGCAGCUUUCUAGAGACUUCUUCAGUGGCAGCUGUGCUGGGUCUCCAUAUAAUUCUCGACCACCUUCCAGCUACGGACCAUCCUCACACAGCCAAGAUUCACACAGUAUGCAGUUUUUAAAUACAGGAAGCUUCAAUUUCCUGAGCAAUGCGGGCGCUGCCAGCUGCCAAGGAGCAACAUUGCCUCCUAAUUCACCGAAUGGAUACUAUGGAAGCAACAUAAACUACCCAGAGUCUCAUAGACUCGGAUCGAUGGUGAACCAACAUGUUUCUGUCAUCAGCAGUGUUCGCUCACUGCCUCCCUACAGUGACAUCCACGAUCCACUUAACAUUUUAGAUGACAAUAGUAGAAAGCAGACCAGCUCAUUUUACGCAGACACAUCACCAUCAGUUGCGUGUCGAACUCCAGUAGUAGCAUCCAGCUUGCAAACCCCAAUUCCUUCCUCCUCAUCCCAAUGUAUGUAUGGAGCUUCCAAUCAGUAUCCAGCUCAAGAGACCUUGGAUUCCCAUGGAACAAAUGGUAGAGAAAUGGUGUCCUCUUUACCACCCAUCAACACUGUGUUCAUGGGAACAGCAGCUGGAGGCACUUAAACCAACAAUGUUGAGUGAGGAUUGAAACUAAGAAUCUCUACUGCUCAAGUAUUGUUCAUUCAGAUUGCCAUCAGGGUAAAGAA